AAUGAGCUCAGCGCCCACCCCGCCCUCUCCUUCUCCGCCGUGGGAGGGGCGGAGACACUCGCGGGCGCCGCGGCCAAUCAGGGCGCGCUUCCGGCACCGCCGCGCGCGCGGCCGGUAUAAAAUGGACCGGGAAGCGCACGCUGGAGCUCAGAAUACUCACUCGCGGCGCCGGGCGGCACCCAAACCCCAGCAAGCGCAGCGGCAACAACAGCCUCCACCACCACUUCCCGCUUCUUCUUCUUCUUCUGUGGCCGGUACGGUACCUGCUCCUUUUAGCUUCUUUUUGCCAGUGGGGACGAACGGGUGGAAGCCGCCGGAAAGACUGGGGAGGGACGCAGGCAAGGAAGCAAGCCAGCGGAAGCGGUCUCGGGAGCCGAAGCGCGACCCACGCCCCAAGCCAGGCCCGGAGGGAGGGAAGCCAGCAAGAAAGAAAGAAAGAAAGAAAGGAAGGAAGGAAGGCAGGCGAGCCAGCGAGCGAGCGCGCCCCACUUCCUUCUUUCCUGCCCUCCCUUCCUUCCUUCCGCCCUCCCUGCCUGCCUGCCCUUCUCUGAUGUGCACGAAGAUGGAGCAGCCUUUCUACCCUGACUCCUUUCUCUCCGGCUACAGCCAGGACUACAAGGCGCUGAAGGCGUCGGGCAUGGCGCUGAACCUCUCCGCGGAGCCCUCCUCGUCGUCGUUCCGAGGGCUCAAGGCGCCGCUGGCGCACCACCCGCCGGCCCAGCACCCGCAGCUCCGCGCCCAGGAGGACUUCUUCCCGGCCGGCCUGCCCCCGCACCCGCCCUCGGAGGGCGCCAACGCCGUCAACUCGCUCAAGCUGGCCGCGCCGGAGCUGGAGCGCCUCAUCGUCCAGAACGGGAGCAGCAGCGGCGUCAUCGCCACCACCCCCACGCCGCCCGGACAGUACUUCUACCCGCGCGGCGCCACCGAGGAGCAGGAGGGCUUCGCCGACGGCUUCGUCAAGGCCCUGGACGACCUCCACAAGAUGAACCACCUCCCGCCGCCCAAUGUCUCCCUCGGGGCGGCAGCGGCGGCAGCGGCGGCGGCAUCCGUGGCCUCCUCGACGGCGAGCAGCGGGUACGGGGCCUCCUCGCUCCCGCAGGAGCCGCCCCCCAUCUACACCAACCUGACCAGCUACAACCCGCCCGCCCUGAGCGGCUCGCCGGGCUUCCCCAGCGCCAACCUGAGCUACCUGCCGCAGCACCUGAGCCUGGGCGGGCACCACCCCCACGCCCACCACCCGCACGCCCACCACCCCCACGCUGCCGUCGCCCCCGGGCGGGGCUUCAAGGAGGAGCCACAGACGGUGCCCGACGUGCAGCAGAGCCCACCUGUGUCACCCAUCAACAUGGAGGACCAGGAGCGCAUCAAGGUGGAGCGGAAGCGCCUGCGGAACCGGCUGGCGGCCACCAAGUGCCGCAAGAGGAAGCUGGAGCGCAUCGCCCGCCUGGAGGAGAAGGUCAAGAGCCUCAAGAGUGACAACGCCGGCCUCUCCAGUGCUGCCAGUGCCCUGCGCGACCAGGUGGCCCAGCUCAAGCAGAAGGUCCUCAGCCACGUCAACAGUGGGUGCCAGCUCCUCCUUACUGCCAAGAUGCAGCAGUCCUUCUGAGAGAUGAUGGAGGCAGAGACAGAGAGCGAGAGAGAGAAGAGAAGGGACUCUCAUGCCAAAAGUUUACAAAGGGACGGAGGGGGGAAGUCCUCCUCCUCCUCCCCUCCCCCCAUGUCCGUGACUCUCAAUCUGGUGGAUCCAGAAGCCGACCUGUGCUGAGUGUGUACGAGUUCUUUUUCUAAAAUCGCUGUAUGUGAGAGUGCAAUUGUGUGUUUGUAUUUAAGACGAGACAAAAAGACAAGGAAGCCUUCCUCCGCCCGCAUUGCUGGAUGGUGCGGCGGAAAGGGAAGGGCGGAUGGACGGACCGGGGCCGCCUGCCUGCCUGCCUGCCUGACCUCCUUGCCCUGCCAGUAGGAACAAAAGGGACGCUCUAUUUAUCCCCAAAGCCCAGAGGGACCAGAGAAGAAGAGGGGCCCGGCUGCACUUCCGCCCUCUUCCUCCUCCUUUUGACUUAUGGACUAGAGAGAGAGAAAGGGGCCCCCCCUGUGGAGCCCCUGCGAGGGAGGAGGGGGUUGUUUACUACUUGUGCUCUUAUUAGUUCUUCGAAGUCCUCACAUUCAUUUCCCCCCCUUCCCCUGAAAGUGAUUGUAUUUGUGUUUUGGAAUUUUUAUUGAACCUAUUUAAGUAAACAUGUUCUAACUACUUUA